AUGGAAUAUUCAGAAGAUGAAAGUGAUCAAAAUGAUUACUUGGAAGAUCAUGAAAGCGAUGAUGAUCAAAUGCAAGAUGUUCAACUCAAUACUUCUAAUAAUUUGACAAAUGUAGGAAACGAAAAUGACGAAAGUGUGCAUAAAGGGGAUGCGCAUAAAGGAGAUGAAAAACUAGAAAAUUUUUCUUCAAUUUAUAAACCACCUACAAAUGAAGAAAUUCAAGGAUUAAAAGAGACAACAGACUUGUACAAAUCUAAUCUAUUUAAACUUCAAAUCGAUGAACUUUUAUCAGAAGUUAGUAUCGAUUUUUCUAAAACCACAAGUUUAGAAAAUAUAUUACAUAAAUUAAAAGAAAUAUUCGAAAAUAUUAAUGACCAACCUGACCUUUCGAUCAUAGAUGCAAAAUCUAUGCUAUUGAAAAAGCAUGAUAUAACCAUUCCAUUUCCCGACCCACAACCUUCCGAUGAUGUAAAAUACAAAUUUGGAUUUAAAAAACCGUCAGCAUUUUAUUUGGUUGGUAGUUAUCCGUUAAAGAGUGUUAUACGCAGCCGAAAUGGGUUUAAUGUGGAUGUAGUGGUCAUUAUGCCAAAGUCUAUAUUUCAAGAAAAAGAUUAUAUGAAUUACCGUUAUUUUUAUAAGCGCGCAUAUUAUCUUGCAGUAUUAUCUGCUACUUUACAAGACAAGGGUUUGGCAUUGAAUGUCAGCGUAGAAUUUGGCGCAUUUUUUGGGGAUAGGCGUCGUCCUAUAAUACUACUUAAACCACUUAAAAAUAAUUCUGAUCCAGACUUUUCUGCUCUUAAUUUUACCAUCCGAAUAUUACCUUGUAUUCCAAUGGAUCUAUUUUCAACUCAACGUCUCUCACCAUCCCGAAAUAAUAUUCGCCCCCAAAAUUUUCAGGAUUUAAGUCAAAUUCCUCAACAACAACAAUCCGUAGACUCACUUCCACCAACACCGCAAUACAAUUCCGCUAUAUUAAGAGACAUGUAUUGUGUUUCUCAUCUAAACUUGUUAUAUAAAAAUUCAAAAGAUUGUCCUGCAUUUAACGAUGCAUGUAAGCUUGCAAAAGUGUGGCUUCAUCAAAGAGGCAUAAGCGGUGAUGAAGAUGGGUGGAGUGGGUUCAACGGAUUUGUAUGGAAGAUGCUUAUGUGUUAUUUAUUACAUGACGGCGGUGUAAACGGAGGAAAGAAAUUAGCUAAUGGAUAUAGCUCUUAUCAGUUGGUUAAGGGAACUAUGGAUUUCUUAGCAAAUCAUGAUUUUAUCCGAAACCCCUUAUUUAUGAAUAAAUUGGAUGAAUCUGAAGAAUUUUCUGAAAAAUCAUUUACAGAAAACUUUGACGUUGUAUUUGUUGAUAAUUCCGGAAAAUUAAAUUUGCUAUGCGGAAUGACAAAAACUGCCCUUGAACAA